AUGAUUGCUGCCCGGAACUUCUCUGCUGCUCGCCAGUGCUUGCGCCCUUCCCGCGUGGCCCCCCGAUUUGCUGCCCCCAUUGCGCAGGUACCAACCCCCUCAAGACAUCGGACCAUUCGCUUCUACGCUAGUCCUGCGCAGGAGGCCGUUGCCAAGUUCAAGGGUCAGAAGGGUUCCGAUGGCAAGUACACUGUUACUCUGAUUGAGGGUGAUGGCAUUGGUCCUGAGAUCUCUCAGUCCAUCAAGGACAUCUUCGAGGCCGCCAAGGCCCCCAUCAAGUGGGAGUCCGUCGAUGUUACUCCUAUCCUCAAGGAUGGCAAGACCGCCAUUCCCGAUGAUGCCAUUGCUAGUGUGCGCCGCAACUACGUCGCCCUCAAGGGUCCUUUGGCUACCCCCGUUGGCAAGGGUCACGUCUCCCUGAACCUGACUCUCCGCCGUACUUUCAACCUUUUCGCCAACUUGCGUCCUUGCCGCUCCAUUGCUGGCUACAAGACCCCCUACGACAAUGUCGACACUGUUCUUAUCCGUGAGAACACCGAGGGUGAAUACUCCGGCAUUGAGCACGUCGUCGUCGAUGGUGUCGUGCAGAGCAUCAAGCUCAUCACCAAGGAGGCUUCCGAGCGUGUCCUCCGCUUCGCCUUCCAGUACGCGCAGUCCAUCAACAAGAAGAAGGUCCGCGUUGUCCAUAAGGCCACCAUCAUGAAGAUGUCCGACGGUCUGUUCCUGAACACCGCCCGCGAGAUCGCCAAGGAAUUCCCCGACAUCGAGUUUGAUGCUGAGCUGCUGGACAACUCAUGCCUCAAGAUCGUCACCGACCCCACCCCUUACAACGACAAGGUUCUUGUCAUGCCCAACCUGUACGGUGAUAUUCUGUCCGAUAUGUGCGCCGGUCUGAUCGGUGGUCUCGGUCUCACCCCCUCCGGUAACAUUGGUGACGAGUGCUCCAUCUUCGAGGCCGUCCACGGUUCCGCUCCCGACAUUGCCGGCAAGGCUCUCGCCAACCCCACUGCUCUGCUUCUCAGCAGUAUCAUGAUGUUGCAGCACAUGGGUCUCCACGACCACGCUGCCCGCAUCCAGAAGGCUACCUUCGACACCCUUGCUGAGGGCAAGACUCUUACCGGUGAUCUUGGUGGCAAUGCCAAGACCCACGAGUACGCUGGGGCUAUCAUCAAGCGCCUGUAA